AUGGCCGCCGCUGCCGCCGUCCCGGACGGCGUCUCCUCCUGCGGGAGCACCAACAUGCGCCGCGCCGACCACCUCCCUCAGCUCCCCAUCCCGCUGCCCUGCAUAGGCGAGCCCGCUGCCGCCUCCCGCGUCUCGUCAGGCUCCUCCCCGGCCCGCUUCGACGCCGAGCUGGACCCAGAGGCGUCGAAUACCGCCGCCGCCGAUCACUACCGCUGCUCAUCCAAACUUUCAACAGCCUCCCGCCUACCUUCGCCGAUGGAGCCCCACCUGCCUGCUGACCUCGCGCGCCUCCUCAAGACCCGACCGCUCCAAGCCCUCAUCUCCAACGCGUCCACCUACCGCGCCGCACGCCACCUAUUCGACGCGGUGCCCCGCCCGACAGCCGCCCUGUGCUGCGCUUUCCUCUCCGGUCUCUCAAAGCUCUCGCUACACCAGGAGUUCAUUGAGGUCGUCUCCUCGCUGCAUCGCAGGGGCGGCGCCAUCCCGUCAGGCUGCAUCCCGCUUGUCCUAAAGUCCUGUGCGCUGUUGGCAGCGUCCUGCCAGGGCAGGCAGACGCAUUGCCAUGCCCUUGUGCGUGGGAUGCUAGGAGAUGUGUUCGUGCAGACUGCUCUGGUCGAUUUCUACGCCAAGAAUGGGGACAUGGAAUCAGCUGUGAUGGCCUUCAAGGAAAUGCCGGUGAAGGACCCAAUACCGAUGAAUUGUUUGAUCACUGGGUACUCCAAAUCAGGGGAUGUGGAGGAGGCAAGAAGGCUUUUUGAUAGUAUGCCGAGAAGGACAUCUGCUUCCUGGAAUUCGAUGAUUGCCUGCUAUGCGCAUGGUAGAGAGUUCCAGGAAGCAUUGACAUUGUUUGAUCAGAUGUUGCGCGAGGGUGCAAGUCCAAAUGCUAUCACUAUCACAACGGUGUUCUCCAUUUGUGCCAAGACUGGUGAUCUUGAUACUGGAAGGCGGGCAAGGGCGUGGAUCAGGGAGGAGGAUUUGCAGAACGUGAUAGUUCACACUGCUUUGAUGGAAAUGUACGUCAAGUGCCGUGCUAUCGACGAGGCACGUCACGAGUUUGAUCGGAUGCCACGAAGGGAUGUCGUAGCAUGGAGCACCAUGAUUGCUGGUUAUUCACAAAAUGAGAGACCACAUGAAUCUCUUGAGCUGUUUGAGAGGAUGAAAGCAACCAAUUGCAAGCCAAACGAAGUUACUCUUGUUGGUGUAUUGUCUGCUUGUGCUCAGCUGGGUUCUGAUGAACUCGGAGAACAGAUUGGUAACUAUAUCGAGAGUCAGACACUGCCACUAACCAGCUAUCUCGGAUCUGCUCUGAUUGAUAUGUACACCAAGUGUGGGCAUGUUGCCAGAGCUCGGAAUGUCUUCAACCGGAUGGAGCAGAAGGUGGUCGUUACUUGGAAUUCCAUGAUCAGAGGCCUAGCACUGAAUGGCUUUGCAGAAGAUGCAAUCGCCUUGUAUGGAAAGAUGGUAGGAGAUGGGAUUCAGCCCAAUGAGAUCACCUUUGUCGCGCUAUUGACAGCAUGCACCCAUGCUGGCUUGGUAGACAAAGGCAUAGCAUUCUACGAAGAGAUGAAGAAGAAGCAACAUGUCUCUCCACAAGUUGAGCACUGCGCUUGCAUAGUGGACCUCCUCUGCAAGUCUGGCAGGCUGUGGGAAGCCUACAAGUUCAUUUGCGACAUGGAAGUUGAACCGAACGCGGUGAUCUGGAGCACGCUGCUCAGCGCCUGCAGAGUCCACGCGGAUGUUGAGCUUGCCAAGCUCGCCGCGGGCAAGCUUGUGGCACUGGAGCCCAAUAACUCGUCGAUCUAUGUUCUCCUCUCAAAUAUCUACGCUGACGCAGGGCUAUGGGGCGAUGUGAGGGAGAUCAGAGACCUGAUGAGGAGCAAGAACUUGCAGAAGCUGUCCGCCUACAGUUGGAUUGAGUUAGACGGUGAGGUACACAGGUUCCUGGUACAGGAUACGUAUCACCCGAGGUCAGCUGAGAUUUACAACGUUGUCGAUGACCUGGGCUUGCAGCUGGAGAGGACUAGUCCUGAUCAUGAAUUAAUUUCAGAAGUUUGCUGA